AUGGAUGCUGCGGGAAGGGGCUGCCAUUUGCCGCCCCUGCCAGCGGAGCGCGGACCUGCUCGCUCUCUCGCAGCGGCGGCCGCUGCCAGCGCGGUCCGCCGGCCCGGCCUCUGCAGCGGAGCCGCCUCGCCUCCCUCCGCGGCGGCCGGAGCGGGCGCCAUGAACCCCAGCUCCCCGGCGGGAGAGGAGCAGGGGGCGACGGGCGGCAGCGGCGGCGGCGGAAGCGGCGCCGGGAGCCGCUGCCUGGGCGCCGAGGGCGGCGCGGACCCGCGGGGCGCGGGCGCGGCGGCGGGGGCCGCUGCCCUGGAGGAGCCCGCGGCCGCGGGCGCGAAGGAGCAGGACGAGGCGCUGGAGGAGAAGCUGAGGAACUUAACUUUCCGGAAGCAGGUCUCUUACAGGAAAGCAAUCUCUCGGGCAGGCCUGCAGCACCUGACUCCUGCUCAUCCCCUCGGUCUUCCUGUGGCAAAUGGUCCAGCGAAGGAGCCCAGAGCAACUCUGGACUGGAGUGAGAAUGCUGUGAACGGAGAGCACCUGUGGCUGGAGACCAACGUCUCAGGAGACCUGUGCUACCUGGGCGAGGAGAACUGCCAAGUCCGAUUUGCAAAAUCUGCCCUCAGGAGGAAGUGUGCAGUCUGUAAAAUCGUGGUCCACACCGCCUGCAUUGAACAGCUAGAAAAGAUUAAUUUCAGAUGUAAACCAACAUUUCGAGAAGGGGGCUCCAGAUCACCAAGAGAAAAUUUCGUGCGUCAUCACUGGGUGCACAGGCGUCGGCAGGAGGGAAAGUGUAAGCAGUGUGGUAAGGGCUUUCAGCAGAAAUUCUCCUUCCACAGUAAAGAGAUUGUGGCUAUCAGCUGUUCCUGGUGCAAGCAGGCGUUUCACAAUAAGGUGACCUGCUUUAUGCUGCAUCAAAUUGAGGAACCCUGCUCCCUGGGGGCUCAUGCUGCUGUUAUUGUCCCGCCCACCUGGAUCAUUAAGGUGAAGAAACCUCAGAACUCGCUGAAGGCUUCCAAUCGUAAGAAGAAGAGAACGAGCUUUAAAAGAAAAGCCAGUAAAAGAGGGACUGAACAGGAAAACAAAGGUCGUCCUUUUGUGAUAAAACCUAUCUCUUCUCCUCUCAUGAAACCCUUGCUUGUGUUUGUGAACCCCAAGAGUGGAGGCAACCAGGGAACCAAAGUCCUGCAGAUGUUCAUGUGGUACCUGAAUCCACGGCAAGUCUUUGAUCUUUCUCAGGAAGGGCCGAAAGAUGCGCUUGAGUUGUAUAGAAAAGUACCAAAUCUGCGAAUUCUGGCCUGUGGUGGGGAUGGAACGGUUGGCUGGAUCCUUUCUAUUCUGGAUGAACUGCAGCUGAGCCCUCAGCCUCCGGUUGGAGUCCUUCCUCUGGGGACUGGGAACGACCUGGCUCGGACUCUCAACUGGGGAGGGGGCUACACUGAUGAACCUGUUUCCAAAAUCCUCUGUCAAGUAGAAGAUGGGACAAUUGUACAGCUAGAUCGCUGGAACCUCCAUGUGGAAAGAAACCCAGACUUGCCUCCAGAAGAGCUUGAAGAUGGCGUGUGUAAGCUUCCUCUGAAUGUUUUCAAUAAUUACUUCAGCCUUGGAUUUGAUGCCCACGUCACACUGGAGUUCCAUGAAUCCCGAGAAGCAAAUCCAGAGAAAUUCAACAGUCGUUUUCGAAAUAAAAUGUUCUAUGCAGGGGCAGCGUUUUCUGAUUUCCUACAGAGAAGCUCUAGAGAUCUAUCCAAACACGUUAAAGUUGUUUGUGAUGGAACAGAUCUCACCCCAAAGAUUCAGGAACUGAAGUUCCAGUGUAUAGUAUUUUUAAAUAUACCCAGAUAUUGUGCUGGCACAAUGCCCUGGGGGAACCCAGGGGAUCACCAUGAUUUUGAACCUCAGCGUCAUGAUGAUGGCUAUAUUGAAGUUAUUGGAUUCACCAUGGCCUCUUUGGCUGCCCUGCAAGUCGGGGGCCACGGGGAAAGGCUGCACCAGUGCCGGGAGGUCAUGCUGCUGACUUACAAAUCCAUCCCCAUGCAAGUGGAUGGGGAGCCCUGCAGGCUGGCCCCCGCUAUGAUUCGGAUCUCCUUGAGGAAUCAGGCCAACAUGGUGCAGAAGAGCAAGAGGAGAACCUCCAUGCCUUUACUCAAUGAUCUUCAUCAGGUGCAAGCUGCGGACCUGCGGAGAGUGUCUGCUCCCCCUGGCUCCUUCACCAUUCCCCAGUCUAUCCCAGACCGCCUGAGGAUCCGCGUGAACAAAAUCAGUUUGCAAGACUAUGAAGGGUUCCACUAUGACAAAGAGAAACUCCGGGAAGCUUCCAUUCCUCUGGGUAUUCUAGUUGUGCGUGGAGACUGUGACUUGGAGACUUGCCGUAUGUACAUAGAUCGCCUACAGGAGGACCUGCAAUCAGUUUCUUCUGGCUCCCACAGAGUUCAUUACCAGGACCAAGAAACCUCCUUCCCCAGGGCACUCUCAGCUCAGAGACUCUCCCCACGGUGGUGCUUUCUAGAUGCAACUUCUGCUGAUCGCUUUUAUCGAAUAGACAGAUCUCAGGAACAUUUGCACUUUGUGAUGGAGAUUUCUCAAGAUGAGGUUUUUAUUCUGGACCCAGACAUGGCAUUGUCACAGCAGGCAGGGACACCGCCAGGAAUGCCUGACCUGGUGGUGGAGCAAGCCUCAGGGAUGUCAGACUGGUGGAAUCCUUCACUACGGAGACGCAUGCUAAGCGACAGCGGUCUGGGAAUGAUAACUCCGCGUUUCGAGGACUCCGAUAUGAAAGAUCUCAGCCACUCCCAUGCGCUACAGUCACCAGUCUCUUCAGAAGAUCACGCAAUUUUGCAGGCAGUAAUAGCUGGUGAUCUUAUGAAGCUAAUAGAAAGCUAUAAAAAUGGAGGCAGUCUGCUAAUUCAGGGACCAGACCACUGUUCACUCCUUCACCACGCAGCUAAAACCGGCAACGGGGAGAUUGUGAAAUAUAUCCUUGAUCACGGACCUUCCGAGUUAUUGGAUAUGGCAGACAGCGAAACGGGUGAGACUGCACUGCACAAGGCUGCCUGCCAGCGGAACCGGGCCGUGUGCCAGCUUCUGGUGGACGCAGGAGCAUCUCUGAGAAAGACGGACUCCAAGGGUAAGACACCUCAAGACAGAGCUCAGCAGGCUGGGGACCCUGAUUUGGCUGCGUACCUAGAAAGCCGUCAGAACUAUAAGAUCAUUGGCCAUGAGGACCUGGAAACUACUGUUUGA